AUGUCCGCUACAGCCCUCAUCUCGGCCCUCUCCGGAACCAACAGCCUCAAGGCCGCGAGCCUGUUCGACGUGCGCGGCUGGGUCGCCGUCGUGACGGGCGGCGGCACCGGCCUGGGGCUGGUCACGGCGCUCGCGCUCGCCGAGAACGGCGCAAAGGUGUACAUUACUGGCCGGCGGCCCGAGCCGCUCGAUGAGGCCGCCAAGGCGUUUGCUACGCGCACGUCGGCGGCCAACGGAGCGGGCGAGGGCGGCGCCAUUGUCGCUGUCCAGGCCGACGUCAGCACCAAGGAGGGCAUCCAGAAGCUCGUCGCAGCGGUCGGCAAGGACGAAAAGUUCAUCAACCUCCUCGUGAACAACCACGGCGUGUCGCAGGGCGCGACGGACAUCACGGCCGUCGAGCAGACGCCCGAGGCGCUCUCAAAGCACAUGUUUGACGGCGAGGAGUUUGACACCUGGCUCUCGACGUACCGCAUCAACUCGGCAAGCUACUACUUUACGUCGUUUGCCUUCCUCCCCCUCCUGGCGGCGGCGAAGAGCGUCGGCGGGUUCCCCGAGCCAGGCAACAUUAUCAACAUCUCGAGCAUGUCCGGGGUGACGAUCACGUCGCAGCGCGGACAGUUCAACUACAACGCGUCGAAGGCCGCCACGCUCAGCCUGUCGCACCAGCUCGCAACCGAGUUCACGCGCGCAGGCUUCGGUAUCCGCGUCAACACGGUGCUGCCAGGCUACUUCCCCAGCGGCAUGACCGUCAUCCCCAACGAGAGCAACACGGGCUCGGUGGCCGACUCGGCAGUCUUCAAGAACAAGUGGGGCAUCCCGUUCGCGCGGCCCGGCAACGCGCGCGAGUACGCCGGCGCGAUCCUGUCGCUCGCGACCAACUCGUACGUUACCGGCGCGGAGCACCUCAUCGACGGCGGGUGGAUGAUCGACCAGGCGUUCUAG